CGGGACAACUUCCACUGAAUGGAAUAAAAUUUGGAGCGUGCACGGAUGUUGAGGCCCACUUCCCACAGCCUUUCUACGGUGCCUUGAAAGCUGCUCAACAUGUCUGGUGGCAACAUCAUCCUGGUGACGGGUGGCACCGGCCUGGUGGGCAAAGCCAUCCAGACACUGGUGGAGAAGGAGCUGAAGAGACCGGGCGAGACAUGGGUGUUCCUCAGCUCCAAGGAUGGCGACCUGACGGACCCGGCGGCGACGCGCGCCAUCUUCGAGCGCCACCGACCCACUCACGUCAUCCACCUGGCGGCCAUGGUCGGCGGCCUCUUCCGCAACCUGCGCUACAACUGCGACUUCCUGCGCAAGAACAUCCUGAUCAACGACAACGUGCUUGAGUCGGCGCACCAGCACGACGUGCAGAAGGUGGUGUCGUGCCUCUCCACCUGCAUCUUCCCCGACAAGACCAGCUACCCGAUCGACGAGACGAUGGUGCACAACGGGCCGCCGCACCCGUCCAACUUCGGCUACAGCCACGCCAAGCGGCUGGUGGACGUGCAGAACCGGGCGUACGCGCAGCAGCACGGCCGCCGCUUCACGUCCGUCAUCCCGACCAACGUGUUCGGGCCGCACGACAACUUCAACAUGCAGGACGGCCACGUGCUACCCGGCCUCAUGCAUAAGGCGUACCUGGCCAAGCAGUCGGGCGAGCCGUUCGUGAUCUGGGGCACCGGCCGGCCGCUGCGUCAGUUCAUCUACUCGCUCGACCUGGCCCGCCUGAUGGUGUGGGCGCUGCGCGAGUACACUGAGGUCGACCCCAUCAUCCUCUCCGUGGACGAGUCGGACGAGGUUUCGAUACGGGACGCGGCUCAGAUGGUGCUGGACGCCAUCGGCUUCCAAGGCCAGGUGGUGCAGGACGACAGCCACGCGGACGGCCAGUACAAGAAGACGGCCAGCAACGCCAAACUGCGCCGGUACCUGCCCGACUUCCAGUUCACGCCUCUGCGCCAAGCCGUACAGGAGACGGUCGACUGGUUCGUCGCCAACUACGACACGGCACGCAAGUAGCCGGGUCGGUUCUCCCGCGCUCCGCGGGUGGAACUGUUGGACGGGCGGCGGGCGGGGCGUCGCUCGGAGUUCGCUGGGGUUCCGCGCCGGCCAAACUUACGUCCGUCCCGGCUGGCUGUGGGGUGCUGCGAUGGAACUGUGUUGUUUUGAGUCACUUGCGGUCGGUGUUGUCGGGAGGGCGCGGCGAACCUUGCAUGAGACGCGUUGGAAAACUGGUCAGCUGGCCAGGUGCCAAGUUGUAUGUAGGAUUUGGCCGUUUGUCAACAGUUCGUACUGCGUGUUGUAUUUCGGGAUCAUCGGGAUGACUGCAGAAGACAGACGCUGGGAGGCUAGACUCAGGUCGUUUCAGGGACGAAAUUUGUGCAGACUGCACGGAACCGAACCGUAGACGUGCUUUUGCGUGCAGGGUCGCGUUUGUAGCAGUGGCAUCUUGGUUAAGAGGGAAAAUGUUUCACUGUAAGUUGCGCUUUCGUGUAGUUUUGUUGGAAGUGUCCAGAAAAUUGUCCGAUGUGGUCAGAACGCGUCUGUUUGUCUGUUGGCCCAGUAUGUCUUCUUUUUUAGAGGCAAUGAUUCGAGGCAUAGCGUGCUCGGGGUAGUUUUUUUUUUACCUACGGAUCGUUGUCAUGGUUGGGAAGUCUAGUAUUUAGCAGUCCUAAGGCAACGUACAGACGUAUGGCUAACGUGACGAUGAUAAGGCAAGCAAAGACAAUCGGCCUGUUAGUAGACAAGUCGAAAAGAGCGCGAAGUUAUACGUCUGUGCGCUCCGCCGGCUGACCACACAGAGCGGUGACCACGCGCGGCCCGGCCCCGACCAUAGGUCAGGGACCAGGUCACGUGACCCAGGUGCCGCGCGGCCCGACAGGCGCGCCCCCGCGUGUCAGCCCGUCAAUGUAGCCAGAACUACAGUGUCACAAGAGGCAUGAGAGAGCACCUUUCAUUUAUACCUAUUCUAUCGCCUAUCGCGCCUACCCUACCUAUAUGCACCUAUCAUUGUUAUGCUGUGGGGGGAUGCGAAGGUGGAGGUGAAAAGUUUUGUUGAAAACCCUCGGUAUUGCGCGUGGAGAAUAGAGUCGAGGUAGAUGCUCUUGACGUGCACUGCGUGGGAGCUCAUGGCGUGUUUGUCUACCGUGGCGUGAUGCGCGCAGGUGGAGGUCAAUACAUUUCUAAACAACCCCGGUGCUGCGCGCGGAGAGAGGCGGGCUGGAUCCGCCCCGAUGGACUCGGGCGCGCAG